AGACAAAAACAAUAAAACACCUUUGAAGUCAUCAGCAAGCAAGUAUAGAUUCAAGAGCUUCAGUUUCCAUCUCCUCUUCCUCCCCAUGGAUCAAUUGCUCUCCCAUGGAUUCACAGAUACAUAGCUCUCCAAUGAUAAAGCUUAUGUGGUAAAGAUUCGCUGGUCAAGAAAGAUUUUUGUAAGGGGUAUGAUCGAACUCAGUCGUCAUGAUGUCCAAAUUUGACAGCUCCGUUGCCAACGGAAAAAAUUUACGAUCCCCGAUCGUUUGAUAGUUAGUUUCUGUGCUAUUUUAAAGAUCCCGAAACGGUGUCGUUUAUUUGUUACAAAACUGGAAAAAAGGAAAGACCUUUGUCUCUCUCCUCGCUUCUUCUCCCCUGAGAGGACCCUCUCGCUCUUCUUCGAUCCAGCUUGCGUUUCUUCGCCGGAGCAAAAACCCACCUCACGAUCCAAAGAAAGCGUGGUUGCAAAUCUAUCGGCUGAUCUAUAUCAACACUCUUCGAUCUGAAUUGUCUGUGCAAAGAUGUCGAGAUUCAGAGACAGAACAGAGGACUUCAAGGACUCUGUUCGUAAAGCCGCAAUCUCUGAUGGCUACACCGAGGCUAAAGUGGCAUCGACGAUGGCGUCUUUCAUCAUACAUAAGCCGAAGGAGAGGUCUCCUUUCACCAGGGCUGCUCUCAAAACGCUGGAAAGCAUCAAGGAGUUGGAUCAGUUUAUGAUGAAGCAUCGUAAGGAUUACGUUGAUAUGCACCGCACUACUGAACAUGAAAAGGAUAGCAUUGAACAAGAAAUUACUGCUUUUAUUAAAGCAUGCAAAGAACAGAUCGAUGUUCUCAAAAACAGCAUUAGAAAUGAAGAAGCAAACUCCAAAGGAUGGCUUGGCCUCGCAGCUGAUAACUUCAAUGCUGAUACUGUAGCACACAAACAUGGAGUGGUUUUGAUUCUGAGCGAGAAGCUUCAUUCAGUCACCGCACAGUUUGACCAGCUUAGAGCUACUCGUUUCCAAGAUAUUAUUAACAGAGCUAUGCCUAGAAGAAAACCCAAGAGGAUCACGAAGGAAGCUAGUCCAGUUAAUGCAACUCUAGCAAAUCCGGAGCCUAUAGAACCCGAUGAAAUUCAGGCCCAGCCACGUAGAUUACAACAACAACAGCUUCUAGACGAUGAAACACAAGCCCUUCAAGUAGAGCUAAGUAAUCUUUUAGAUGGUGCUAGGCAGACGGAGACUAAGAUGGUGGAGAUGUCUGCAUUGAACCACUUGAUGGCAACUCAUGUUCUGCAACAAGCCAAACAGAUAGAAGUUUUGUAUGACCAGGCUGUUGAGGCAACAAAGAACGUGGAGCUUGGAAAUAAAGAGCUUUCCCAAGCAAUCCAACGUAACAGCAGCAGCAGAACCUUUCUCUUGCUGUUUUUCUUCGUCCUUACUUUCUCUGUCUUGUUCUUGGAUUGGUACAGUUAAGAGCCACCAUCCAAUCUCCAACAAACCUCAUACAGUUUGUGUAGUUUUUGAUUGUUAUGAAAAUUUGGAGAGAUGUUUGAUGUUAAACCAAAAAAAGUAUGAAACUUUGGAAGUGA